GCACACACGUGACCUCCCUGUUUUCACCCAGUUAACGCAUGUACUUAAAAGACAGGCCACUACCAUUCACCAAACACAAGCACGAUCCACACAGCAUUCAUGUCAGCGAGGUAAGAUCGCUCCUCCGGGGACCAUGGCGGCUGCCACGAGCAGCAACACAUCCACGGCCACGCUGCAGAUCAAGCACUCCAGCAUCGAGCAUACGCGGAAACGCAUAGACCCGAGGAGGAGGCAGGCGGCUCUGUCUUUUCUCAGCAACAUUUCUCUGGACGGGCGACCCGUGCAGGACGAUGCAGACAAUCAGAACGAAGACGAGAGCUCGCUCGAAGCUCGGACUAGACACAGCCUGGUUUCUCCGGAGCGCCUGGUGUACGGGGCCGCUGCUGCCGCUGCUGCUGCCCCGGGAGGAGCUGCUGCUGCGGCGGCGGCGGCAGCGGCGGCGACCACCACGGCCGCCCAGGCGCUCGCUUUUGCAAACCAGGCUCUCCUCCACAGCAGCCGGGCCAGCUUCGGGACGGGUCCCGCGGCUGGCCCGGCGGGCACGGACGCGGACGGCGACGCUUUCAUGUCCUCCAUGUUCAGCUCGCCCUUCUCGGCGGUCCCAGCCUCGACCAGAGGGAGGCUGCAGACGUACACUCAGGGAAUCCUUCCUGCCCCCUACUCCAGGCAAAACUCCCAGAACUACAGCCUGGAGGGCGGACAGAUAGCCAACUCUGCCAUAGAGCUGCAGAGAUCAAGACGAAGACUCAUCUCUCAGCGCUCUUCGCUUGAAACACUAGAGGACAUUGAGGAGAAUGCUCCUCUACGCAGAUGCCGAACCCUAUCGGGUUCACCCCGACCAAAGAGCUUCAAGAAGAUCCACUUCAUAAAGAACAUGAGGCAACACGAUAUGCGCAAUGGAAGGAUAGUCCUUAUCAGUGGCAGAAGAUCCUUCUAUAGUGUAUUUUCUGUCCUGCCCUAUCGAGAUUGUAGCCAAGCAGGGGAUGUAAAGCUGGAAGGAGGGCGUCAGCGGCACCCGUCAGGAGGCGUCAGUGCCAAGGAGAUGGUGAUUGGGCUGGAGGGAGUGGAGCUGGGAGCAGAUGGGAAGACUGUGUCCUACACCCAGUUCCUGUAUCCCACUAAUGUGCUCGGGGGCCGAAGAAACACCAUCGACUCCACCUCGUCCUUCUCUCAGUCUCGCAACGCCAGCCAUCGAAGCCUCAGUUUGGGCCGAGCCAACAGCAACCAGAGCAGCUUAGACACAGGGAACGACUUGGGGGACUUUCGAGAGUACGACCCAAAUCUGCUGGACGACCCGCAGUGGCCUUGUGGAAAACACAAGAGAGUCCUCAUCUUCCCCUCCUACAUGACCACGGUCAUUGAAUACGUCAAACCCUCCGACCUCAAGAAGGACAUGAACGAAACCUUCAAGGAGAAAUUCCCCCACAUAAGGCUGACGCUCAGCAAGAUAAGGAGCUUGAAAAGGGAGAUAAGGAAGUUGGCCCAGGAUGAAUGUGGCUACGAGGAGCCGACCGUGGCCAUGGCGUUCGUCUACUUUGAAAAACUCGUUCUUCAAGGCAAACUAAACAAGCAGAAUCGCAAGCUCUGCACCGGAGCCUGUGUCCUUCUGGCGGCCAAGAUUGGCGGUGAUCUAAAAAAACACGAGGUCAAGCUCCUGAUCGACAAACUGGAAGAGAGGUUCAGAGUGAACCGCAGAGAGCUCAUAGCCUUCGAGUUCCCCGUCCUGGUGGCGCUGGAGUUCAACCUGCACCUGCCAGAGCACGAGAUCAUGCCCCACUACAGACGCCUGCUGCAGACCUCCUAGCAUUAGUGACCCAUCAGGGGGACGAGCGCCAGGCUCCCCUCCUGAUCCUCCGCCUCCAGCGAUAUCCAUCCUCUCUCCUCGUCCCCCGUCUGAACGCUCUAAGGUACCGCUCGGCUGUCGGCCGGCUGCAGCCGCUCAUCACUACCAACAACAAGCUCCUUCCCUCAGAGACGUGGGAUCAGCCAAAGGGACUCAAAUUUCUAAAACUUUCCUUCGUCGUUUGACUUCUGCAUUCAUCAUCAUCAUCACUACAUGGACUUCUGAGCGAAAGGGUUCAACCGUCUGCAGACCAGUCGUUUUUCUAGUUUGCAUGUUUUCACACGUCUUCAUCUUCACUUUGUAUAUUUUAAGCGCUCUCUUGUUGAUUAAGAGAGCUUUUGGAUCUGAUGGUGAACUUUUUUCUCGGUUAAAGCAAACCAAUGAUUGUAACGUUUUUAUCAUCUCUUUUCAUUAAUCUCCCUUUCUUGUAAACUUCAGAAUGAUUAGUUGCCUCCUGACCUGCAUAAAAAUUUAAACAAAAGCCUUUUAAGCGACUGGUUUUGGCUGGACUUCAGUUCCCCCGGAGCGACUCAUCUUUUUGCAAGUCAUCGUCCUCGAAAGUGCACUUUUUAUAUAUUGUGAGACAUUAUGGGGGGAAGGGGGGAUUUUUUUUUUUUUUUCAUACUUUUAAUGAGCUUGGGAACCAACCCCUUGAAAAAUAUAAGCUGUGUUCAGAAGCACCACACACAAGUCAUUUGAACAGACCUUUUUUGAAUUGUUUUUCUCUCUUCCAGUUUUCUAGCCACAACUAAUCCGCAUGUUAUAGUAUUGAUCGUUUGUACACAGGUACUUGCAGACAAGAUGGGACUUCCUAUUUUCACUGAAGCGUUCCAUUCAUUUUCUACCAGUCAAACUGCUUGCUACGGACUCACGGAGACCAGACCCACUUUUGUCAGUGUCGAUUUUCCCGUGCUCUAUGUUAGAGUGUAUUGCCGGCACAUUUAAAGUGCUAUAAGGAGGUCAGGAAGGUCGUUUUUAACUUUCUCGAGUGCAAAAAUGCCAUUAAGCAGUGAUUGGGAUAAAGCAGCGGGGUGCCCUAAUGUCACCUGGAGGACGGCGCGGGCUCAGACCCUGUGUCAGCAAGCGUCCUCGAGCAAGGAUUCAGAGAUGCUUCCUGUUUAGCUGACCUGACCUCUGACCUCUCUGAGGAGGAGAAAACCUAAACGAGAUCCCGACGGGUGUCAGUCACGGAUCAAAACGCUGCAUAUGACUUGAAUCAGCAUUUAUUGAUUUUAGAUUAAGAUGUUUUAAAAUAAAUAUAUAUAUGAAAAAAUUUAAAAAGCUUUAGCGAUGCGAUCAAUUUAAAAAGUAUUAUUUCAUGUAUUCGGCAUGUAUCUCAAAUUGAUUUUCUUUUCCUUUUUCCUUGAAAUUGUCUCGCACAAUGACGCAAAGUAUUGUGAGGCCAUCAAAUCAGGAACGUACAGUUUGACCCCACUUGAAAAAAAAAAAGGUAUUAGAUACUGCUGAGUAUUGAUGUUAUCUGAGUGGAAAUCAGUCGACCAAAUUGUAAUGAGGAAAACGUGGAUUAAUGCUGAUUUAAGGUGGAAAAGAUCAUUGAGCUUAUUUCUGUUUGCAAGCCCAAAGAUUAUCGCGCUGAGAUGCACACUAAGUACUCUGUGAGGAAGACUCAUGGCCGACACUUCUCACCUGUGUAUGUUUGUAAAUAAAUUGCUUUGCUUGUUCAAUCAAAAAAAAAA